AUGGCUCCAGUGGGCAAGAUCGAAUUGGAGCCCCCAAAUGGGGGGUGGAAGGCCUGGCGGACAGUUUUUGGCUCUUUCUUAUUGCAGACGUCUUCGUAUGGCUAUGUGACAGCAUGCGGUGUUUUCACUCUACAUUAUAAGCAGGUCAUGCUACCGGAAUACUCAGCUUCUCAGCUGGGUUGGAUCGCCACCAUUGCCGUCUUCCUCAUUUUCGGUGUUGGUAUACCGAUUGGCGCUCUUGUAGACCGCUACGGCACGCGUCCUGUGGUGGCCCCGUUUGUUGCCCUGGGAAUCGUGUCUCUCGGUUUACUUAGUCUCUGCAAAACAUACUGGCAGAUUGUUCUCUGUCAAGGAGUCGCUUUUGGUCUAGCCUGCUCUGGGACAACUCUUCCUGCGGUCAUCUGCGUUACUCAAUGGUUUUCGACAAAACGCGGACUUGCUGUCGGCCUGGCGAGCUCCGGAAGCAGCUUCGGAGGACUUAUUUUCCCUAUCAUGGUUUCUCGCUUGAUCAAUAGCCACGGCUUCAAAACCGCGAUUCACUGGUCUACACUAGUGGUCGGCGUUUGUAUGAUAGUUGGCCUGAUCUGUUGUGAGGGGCCAUAUCCCCCGAAGCGCCUAGCCGCCAUGAAAGAGAAGGAAUCAAGCGCCAGUCCGUCCUUAGACUCACCAAAAACAGAUGAAAAGUCUGACGAGGGUGAUUUAGGUGUGUCAGGCUCCGUUGAAGCUUCAACUAACCCUGAUCAGCCUGCCGCUAAAGUUCCUGGCAUGGCCCACAAUCUUGUUCCAUGGAUAGCCUUCUGUGUCGGUGUCUUCUGCUGCACGUUCUCUCUUUUGGUCCCUUUCGAUUAUCUGCCGACCAUCGCUGUGGAACAGGGUAUGAAGCAAGACCUAGCUCAAUAUACACUUGCUAUGAUCAAUGCCGGAUCCAUGAUUGGACGUAUUAUACCAGGCUUCAUAUCUGAUCAUCUUGGCCAAUUCAAUGUCAUGGCACUAGUCACGACCCUUUCGGCAAUCGCGCUCCUCGUUGUCUGGCUUCCUGUCUAUUACUCCCCAACGAACGGUGGCAUCAUCUUCUUCUCCUUAUUUUACGGAUUUGUCUCUGGUGGAUACACCAGUCUGUUAUCACCUUGUGUUGUAGCGCUGGUAGAUGGCCAAGUGGCUAAUCUCGGCCUCAAGUUCGGAAUCGCAUGCCUUUGUCUUGCAUUUGGGGCGUUGGUGGGAAUUCCUGUCAGUGGAGCAGUGGCCGACGAUACUGGCAACUGGGGCGGCCUGAUCGGCCUAUCCGGCGCCAUGAUGGCUCUCGGUGCUAUGAGCUUCAUUAUUUCCCGUGUUCAAAUGGGUGGUUGGAACCCAAUGACUAAGAUUUGA